CGUUCGACACUAGUGCUGUUACAUAUGUAUGAGUAAGAUUUCGCGGCCGGCAUUCAGGAAUAUUCAAUGUACAUCGUCAUAACGAUGAACUCUUCCUUCCGGCAUAAACGAAAUGCACACAGGGCACUUAUUGAAAUUCCGUCGGCGAGCGCGAUAUGAUAUCAAACACAGCAUUUUUAAAUUAUACUGCUCCACCACAGAUUUGCUGACAGGAUUUAAAAGAUUAUAGCGAGGAGGAAUUGGAUCGGAAAUUCUUUACAUACAUGAUACUGAACUUCAAAACACGUGGAAUUUAAUGUGCAGAUUAUAGCGGCGCGGAGAAGAACGCCCCCGUUGGAUUGGGAUGCUCCAUUUCAUGGUGUUCCUGCUAGCCAUGAAUGAUGAAGCCGCCUCAGCCUCGUCCCAUGCAGGCCAUUGCGACCUGAACAACUCCUCCUACGUGAACGGUUGUACCAUGCCGCUGGACCUAGAUAUAUGGUACACCGAUAUUUUCAAGGACGCAUGCAACAUUCAUGAUAUAUGCUACUUCUGUGGUAACAACUUCGACAGAUCUCGCUUAGACUGUGAUAGUAAAUUUCUGGAGGACAUGAACUCCGUCUGCUGGAAGAAGACGGAAUUCUGGGAACUUCCGCUGUGCCUGCUGUUUUCGACCUCUUUCUACCUGAUAGUGCGGACUGUCUCCGAGAGUUACUUUGUUUAUGAUUAUUCUGACCACUGCCAAGCCCCCCUGGGUGAAGCCAUGCAUUAAAGUUUACUAUGGACAGUAGAUUUAACAUUCUAGAGCUGUGUGAAGUUUGUUUGAUCUAGUCUGUGGUUUUUUUUCUUAUAAGUUAUUACAAUUUUUUGUCUAGUCUAUGGUUUUUUUUUUCUUAUAGGUUAUUACAAUUUUGCUCAAAUUGUUUGAUUAGUUGUGUAUUUGCAAGUAAUUGAAACAAGGUUUUUCAUAUUUUUAGCAGCUUGUUUACCUAUUAGUAUUAUUUCAUGUAUCAUCAUGGGAUAUGCAGGGAAACUGACAAAUUAAACAAAAGGAGUUUCCUACCUCUUGGAGUUAAUCUAUAUGCAAAGUACCAAAUUCUCCUUACAGUAUCAUUCAAACAAUCUAGAACCAUUUUAACAAGAGCUUGGACUUUGGGUAGUUGUGUUAAACUGCAUUGUGACGUAGGCCUGUCUAUUUCAUUGCUGGCACUACAGUUACGGCCCUACGAAAUUAACAAGAUUUGUCUAGCCUUUGAGCUAAGACUACACAAUCGGUGUGUAUUUCGCUUGAAACCAGCGUCAUUUUAACUUGUUGUGACGCAAGAAAUGGAUGGUUACAUCCUACUGAAAGUCCAAGGCCGUGUUAAAAUGGUUCUAACAUAUUCAUUAUACAUUGUACAAAUAUAUGCAUGUAGUGUUUUUAACAAUUUAGUUUCUUUUCUUUGCGCUACUAUUGAAAUAUGUAUUUUUAGGCACGUAGCAUCGUUAUUGAAAGUUGAAAGGGGCGCAGACUCAUCUAAAGAAAUUCUUUACAAUCCAAAAAAAGAGGGAAUAAUUCCAAAUCAUGAAAAUCCGUGUAUCUCAGAGAGAGAGAGAGAAAGAGAAUUUUUUUUAUCCAAUAUUAAGAAAAAAAGUGGGACGGUUCCUUUUAAAAGACACGACUCGAAUUAACUGAAUCAUUUUGUUUAACCAAGUUAAGUUAUGCUAUCACUCAAUCGAGAGAAGAUCGAGGUAGUUAUUUUUAACUACAUUAUUUUUAACUUGACUGUUAAUCGGUGGCAUAUAUAGGCAACGUGUUUAAAUUUCUUUUUGAAUUAAGGUGUCAUUGCAUUCCAAAUAAGUCAGUAUGAGAUACGCAUGAGAAAUUUGUCCUUACUUGAUCUUAUUUUCACUUUUGAACAAAUCAGAAAUUAGAAAUCAAAAUUCAACCAACACAUUAGCUGGAGAAUUUGCCCUUAAGUGUUGUUUAUUCCGCUGUCGUAGAUAAGUAAUACUGGUAUAAAAUAGUAACUGUAAGUUUGUCGCGAUGUAGUGUUUGUGUGUAGAGAACGAGGAAACUGACGGGAGAUAAGAUUAUAGUAAAACGAGUGUUGUAUUGACACUUCCUCCUUGAUGAUGGCUACACCAGAGUAAAAUGAUGUUUUGACAACACAUAAUUACGACUCCCAAAGAGUUUUAACAAUCAAAAGUUGCACGUUUUUCCGUUAUCAGAAACAAAAUAUUUUGACUUUCUUCAUUAUUCUGAAUCUGAUGAGCCAAUGUUAACUAGUUUUAAAAUAAAGAAAAAUGAAAUGACUGAUAAUGAGUCAAAACCCAAAUAUCACAUGUCCAGUUUAUUAUCCAAUUUGGCCAUGAGACACGAAUAAACUAAAUGGGUAUAUAGCUGCAGGUCUGUAGCUCACGGUCUGAAAAAAUUCGGAUGGACGACCUGGGUGCUACAAUGCCUCCCAUAGUAAAAAACUGAUAUGAUCACAAUUUAAAACUGUUCUCAGGUUAUUGCAGAGCGAACAAGUGUAGGUUUAGUGUGUAUAGGUUUACUUAAUUGCAAAAAGGGUAGGAUACAGGGCAUUUUUUGGUAGAGUAAUCAGUAAACGACCCAUUCACAUAAAUUCUUAGCACUGAAUCAAAAUUUAAAGAUCUCAAAAUCACAAACAGUAGAUCUAGAGGAAUAUUUGAAAAGUGUAUCAUAUAAUGAAUAAACUAGUAUUAGUUAUUGUAUAUUUAUUAUGGUGUAUUUUCGCACGAGUCUCCGCCCUUCGUCCAAAUAAUUCAGGAUAUAUUCAAUAACUUUCUUGUAUCAUGAUCCAAUUAAAACAUCAGUGAGUGUCUUGUGACAAGUGUUUGAUGCCUGAUUUUCAACUUGACCAAUAGUAAGUGUCUUAAUAAGAGUGUCUGAUGCGUGAUAUUAAUUUUGACCAAUAAAAAAAAAGAUUUCGUCAAGUGACCGCGUGCAUAUUCUCUCUUUCCCGCCAGUAUAUUCUUCGACGCAUUGUUUGACCUGCUGUUAAAGAGAGAGGAUGUCUGGCUGCAGCUUUCCCACAGUGAACACGGGUGACUUACGAGAUUUGGACCUGGAUUUUUUGUCAAAUGACGAGGACUUAAUUUUAUCUCAGUCCUGCGAAGAAAUAGAAAUGAACUAUUGUUUUGGAGAAAUUAAACUUGAAGAUUAUUUCAUGGAUUUUGAUGCAGACAAGGAGAAUCUUAUGAAUUUUGACAUGAGCUUCGACGCAGAGAAGGCGGGGUUUCUGGCAUGGACGUAGACAUGGUGACAAAAAGUGAACAUUUUCAAAUUCCCAAGGAGCCACGAUUUGGUUGUGAAGUUGACGAAGAGGAAAUUCAAGCUCUGAUAGAGAGUCAAGAAAAUCGCAACACGAAAAAAAACACCCGUUGGUCAUAUAACAUAUUUGAAAGUUGGCGGCGUGAACGAAACGCGCAGUGUCAAGGGCCGGAACUCUUAAUACCAGAAAUCGAAACCAUGGACGCGGUGCAGCUCAACUUUUAUUUAGGACGCUUUAUUAGGAGAGUACGCAGAAAAGACGGUAAAGAAUAUCCUGCAAAAACUCUUUAUUACAUUAGCUGUGGUAUUUUAAGAUAUUUACGUGAUCGUGAAAUACAUGACAAAAACUUCCUCGAUGCGGCGGAUCCAAGAUUUGCAGGGUUCCGAAAAAUUCUGGACAGUAAAAAGAAGGACGCGUUAAGCAGAGGAGUUGGAGGGAAAAGAAAACAAGCUGACCCCAUACUUCCGGAAGAUGAAGCAGUUAUCUGGGAAAAAGGAAUAUUUGGGAUGAACAACGCAGAAACCCUUCAAUACACCGUGUUUUUUUACUGUUGCAAGUUGUUUGGGUUGAGGGGGCAUGACGAACAUCAUUCUUUAGAAUGUAAUCAGUUUCUUCUUGGUGAGGAUAACCGUGGUAAAUUCAUUGAUUUCACGGGCAGGUCAACAAAGACAUUUAAGGGAGGACUCUCUCACAAGGAACUACAUAACAAACAGAUACGACACUACUGUCAGCCUGGAAUAUCUAUUACCAGAAAUAUCCAAAGAUUCUGUAAAGAAAACCAAGGAAAACUUUUCAUGAAAAAAUGUCUCGCAGGAGAACAAUGUCGUUAUUAUAAUGUCAUACAUGUACAUGUAGUUGGAAAAUCAUGCAAGGAUAUUUACACAACCAUUCACACAUGCGCACUGAUCAGCAACCACACCCACACAGACCAGUUUAACCACUCUCACGCCUGGAAACAACAAUAGUUCCAACGCAUCACGUGACACGAAACCAUUCGACUCCGAAAACCACGUGGAAUCAAAGUAUUUCACAACCAAGAAAAAUCAAUGUAACAAAAUGACAUCGUAUGAAUGAAUGGAUGAAAAAAAUGUUACUAAUCACUACUAUCACUAAUACCUAUUAUUAAAACGUGUGAUUUUAACCUAGGACAUAUUUAUGUAUUUACAAGACAACAUUCACACUGUAAAUUUUGUAUGAGAAAGCGCGCAUAACCAGCUUUUUGUAGGCAUUCAGAAGUUGGAGUUCUAUUCGCUUUUCACUAUUUACUAUUCGAAUAGCGAAUAGAAUUCUGUGGUCGGUUCGCUAUUCAAAUUACCGUAAACAUGCUAAUAAACGUAAAUUCAAAAUUUCAAAUAAAUUUCCCUUUUUUAUUAAACAAACAGUUUUAUAGUAAAAAUUAUUACUUGCUGAC